AUGGCUGCCUUUCAGAAGGCAUUUUUCGCUAUAGAUAGCCAUAAUACCGGUGUAAUUACAAUCAGUGAGCUUAAGCAAUAUAUGCGUCGUAUGCAUUACAAGGAGAGCUUUGUUACGGCGUGGAUUUCCUUGUUUGAUCCUGACAACACCGGUAUUAUCACCUACAGGGACUACUGCAGUGUGUUUGGUCUCAAACCAACGAGGCUGACAUCGGCGGAAUCGAAAAAACCCACAAGCCCACCUGUUGAAACUGGGGCAGACUGGAUCAAUCCAACACGAAGCACGACUCUUGAAGCUACUCCACCGAAAUCCCCUCUAACCGAUCAAAUCAUCCCCAGUGAAUCCACAAAUCUACAGUCGGAAAACCACGAAAGUGAUGCCGCACGUGGAGAGAACAAUCUGACAAUCCCACCUGUCUGUGAUGAAGGUAAGGUGAAUGGUUUCGAUGAAACUGAUGGAAGUAGUCGACAUCAGUCCGGUGAAUUCGUCGAGAUCGCUGCUUCCACGAAUGAAGAUCCCGUUGUCCUUGAAGAAUUGAUCGAUUCGAGAGAGGUAGAUGUUGAGGAGCCUCAUGUAAGGACGAGAAAUGGCAACUCCCUCGGUGUGGCUGAACCGGAAAUCGCUGCGCAAACAUCAAGUACUCUUGAAUCGGUAUUAGUAGAUCCAACAUCCAUCAAAGAACGCUUUUCAAUGGAUGCGUCAAGCGAAUCCCCUCCAGCAAGUGUGGAAGAACCCCCGGAAUCGUCCACUGAAGCGGAACUAAAAGACGCGAAUUGUUGUGGAAACGACGAUCUAAUUAAACCAACAGUGAUCAAUCAGCUUCACCAAACUCCACCCAAUCCUGGUCAGCCUCACGGCGUGCGGCGCAGAACCACAAACUCGAGUGAUUCAGGUUCGAAAUCGUCUCGACAGUCUAGCAAAGGCAAGGCGUUCGGACAGAGGCGUGUUAACGCCUCUUCUGUGCCUCGUAUUGAUCCACUGCUAGAUUUGUUCGUAACGUACCUUUUAUUAAAACCCAAAUAA